ACCGACCCACCAAAAAAAUCACCGGGCUAGUAUACGGCAUCAUUUUUGCGGGCCGGCCCGAUUCCAUUGAGCGUAUGGGUCAAUCCAAACAACCAAACAGAUCGCUAUGAGAGGUGAAGUGAUGCACCUGAAAGCCGACUCACAUGAACCCAAACCACCAACUGUCCGACAGGAAUGAGGCAGUUCUUCAAACUUCCACCCUUAAAUUCAAACUCUGGCAACAAUCUUCUUCACUUUCAUGUUUCCAAGUUCCAAUCUUUUCGUCUGUCAUUCUACUCUAACUCAUCUAAGCUACACUAUCCCAAGAAAACUGAACAAACCAACUCCAAAAACCAGUCAGAAUCCAAAAACUUUGCUUCACUCUUCGAUGAAAUCACUGAGAUUUUAGGAUCUGAGAACCUUGUUUCGGAUAAAACUUUACCUUCAAUAUCAAGAGAAAUCCAUUUGGAAAGUGCAAAGAAAAGGGAAGAACACCCAUAUUGCGUACGAGGUGUUUGUGAAAAUGCCUCUGCUGGUGUGGUGGACCAGGGAAAGGCAAAAUUACCUGUUUUGGGAGAUACCCAGUUGGGAAAUUCAGGCGAUCGUGAUGUUAGUCCAAUUGUUCAUCAGGUUACAGGGAUAAUCCGCGGUGAAAAUGGUGGUGUUCUGAUGGAGGAGCGGUUAGAAAGUGUGGGUUUUGAGUUUGAUUUGGAAGUUGUUGAGAAAGUGUUGAAGAGGUGCUUUAAAGUCCCACAUUUAGCUCUAAGGUUCUUCAAUUGGGUGAAAAUCAUAAAUGGGUUUUGUCAUACAACGAAAACUUAUAAUAUCAUGAUUUACAUUGCUGGAGAAGCAAAGGAAUUUGGGGUGGUUGAAGAGUUGGUGGAGGAGAUGGAGAAGAACUCGUGUCAAAAGGAUUGUAAGACAUGGACCAUUCUCAUCUCGCAUUAUGGGAAGGCAAAGUUGAUUGGAAAAGCCUUGUUGAUUUUCGAGAAGAUGCGGAAAUCUGGUAUGGACCCUGAUGCAGUGGUGUACAAACUAAUGUUGCGUUUGCUUUGUAAUGCUCGAAAAGCUGACAUUACGAUGGAGUUUUACAAGGAGAUGGUUCAUAACAACAUGGGUUUGGAUAUGAGUUUGUAUAAACUGCUGUUGACGUGCUUAGCACAGUCUGGAGAUAUUGCUGAUUCUCGCCUUCUUGCAGAAGACAUGAUAAAUAUUUCUAAGAUUCCCGAACAUCAUGCUUAUGCAUGCCUACUUAAGAGUUUUUGUAUUUUGGGUAGAAUUACAGAAGCCUUAGAAUUGAUUCGUGACCUGAAGCAUAAAAAUAUAACCCUUGAUGCUGAAAAUUUUGAGACCUUGGUGAAAGGACUGUGCAGGGCUGAUAGAAUUGCUGAUGCUUUGGAAAUUGUUGAUAUUAUGAAGAAAAGAAAUUCCGUUGAUGGGAAGAUUUACGGAAUCAUUAUUAAUGGGUACUUGAGGCGAAAUGAUUUGUCUAAAGCAUUUGAUCUGUUUCAAAGUGUAAAAGAUUCUGGCUAUAUACCUACAACUUCCACCUAUACCGAGUUGAUGCAACACCUCUUCAAGUUGAAUGAGUUUCAAAGAGCCUUGGAGUUGUAUCAUGAAAUUCUUGAAAAAGGGGUUGAGUUGGAUAGUGUGGCGGUAACUGCUAUCGUUGCAGGCCAUAUUUGCCAAAACCAUAUAUCUGAAGCAUGGGAACUGCUCAGGAGGAUGGAGGAGCGUGGAAUCAAGGCAACUCGGAAAUCUUAUGUUGUAUUCAUUAAAGAGCUUUGUAAAGUUUCGCAGACAGAUGAGAUUGUCGAGGUUUUGAAUAAAAUGCGAGCUUCCAAAAUAGUUAUUGGAGACAAUGUAUUUCAUUGGGUUAGAUCUUACUUGGAGAAAAAAGGAGAAAUAGAGAUGGUAGAAAAAGUGAAGCAAAUGCACGGAGCUUCUAAACUUUACCCUAAAAAGGGUAAAACAUGUAGUCCUGUUAUAUCUACUAACCAGGAGCUCAGUAAGAACUUGAAUUCCAACCAAGUAGAGCAAAAAAGGCCAGAUUCUCACUUGUGCAAAUCAUUGUCAAGUUCUUAUAGUGAUCAUGAUCUGCAAGAAAUUUGUCGGGUUUUAUCAUCCUCGGUAGAUUGGUGUUCAAUACAGGAAGCUUUGGAGAAGUGCACUGUAAAGUUCACUCCUGAACUUGUUCUGCAGAUUUUGUACAAUUGUGGGGUGUAUGGUCAUGUAGCAUUACAGUUUUUCUCAUGGGUAGGAAGGCAAGAUGGUUAUAGCAACACUGCAGAAACUUACAACAUGGCCAUGAAAAUCUCAGGACGAGCGAAGGAUUUUAAACACAUGAGAAGCCUCUUUUUUGAAAUGAGAAGAAAAGGUUGCACAAUAACAUCAGAUACAUGGACAAUCAUGAUAAUGCAAUAUGGUCGCGCAGGUCUGACAGAAAUUGCUCUAAAAAAUUUCACGGAGAUGAAAGCCAGCGGUUGCAAACCAAAUGGAAGUACAUACAAGUAUUUGAUCGUAUCUCUUUGUGGGAGAAAAGGUAGAAAGGUAGAUGAAGCUAUUACAGCGUUCCAGGAGAUGAUUUGUGUGGGUUUUAUUCCUGAUAAAGAAUUGAUUGAAAUUUUUCUUGAUUGUUUAUGCGGAGUUGGGAAGUUGUUGGACGCUAAAAGGUGCACCGAGUCUCUAAACAAAGUUGGUUUCUCCAUUCCGCUAACUUAUUCCUUUUAUGUUAGAGCUCUUUGUCGAGCAGGGAGAUUAGAAGCAGCUUUGACAUUGGUCAAUGAAGUUGGUUCAGAUCGACAUACCUUGGCUCAAUACACAUAUGGAAGUCUUGUUCAUGGACUACUACGAAAGGGACAAUUGGAAGAGGCAUUGGCUAAGGUCGAAUCUUUGAAGAAUCUUGGAAUUAAACCAACCGUCCACAUUUAUACAUCGUUGAUGGUUCAUUUCUUUGAGGAGAAACAGGUAAACAAAGCUUUAGAAAUUUUUGAGAAUAUGAAAAAUGAGGGUUGUGAACCUACAAUUGUCACUUAUUCGGCUUUGAUACAUGGGUAUAUGAACUCGGGAAAGAUUGCUGAUGCUUGGAAUGUCUUUCGUUGUAUGAAACUGAAUGGACCAUUCCCGGAUUUUAAAACUUAUUCGAUGUUCAUUACUUGUCUCUGUAGAGUAGGUAACUCUGAAGAAGCUCUGCAACUGAUUUCUGAAAUGGUGGAGAGUGGGAUUGUUCCAAGUGCCAUUAAUUUUCGAACAGUGUUUUAUGGGUUAAAUAGAGAAGGCAAACAGAACUUAGCUCAGACUGUAAUACGAAAAAAAUUGGAUCUCAUGAAAAGAAGGAAGUUCUUAACAUGAAUUAUGUCCAUAUUUUUUGCAUAUUCGAAUUGUCAUUUAAAUUGCUUGAAUUUUGUCUUAGCAUCAUGAAGUUUUUUUGUUUUU